AUGCAAAAGAAUGACGCUGCCGCCAACGCAUUCGGCAUCAUCGGCACGCUAUGCUGGACUCUUCAGCUCUUGCCCCAGAUAUGGAAGAGCUAUCGAGAGAAGUCGACAAAGGGUCUGUCCGCCAACCUGGUACUCUUAUGGGGACUGGUCGGCAUACCUCUUGGCAUCUACAAUACUAUACAGGGUAACGGCGUGAUCCUUGUUGUCCAGCCACAGGUGUUUGGGGUAUUGUGUAUCAUCUCGUGGGCACAAUGCCAGUAUUACGAUCGAAGACGCUCCGUUGCCUGGUGUGCUUGGGCGUUAGCCAUCAUAUUUGCCUUGUUUGUUGGGCUCGAAGCCGGCAUCAUCUUCGCCCUCAGGCCACCAUAUGAACGCGGAGAAAGGUCUGCGGACAUUGCCUUGCGCUUUUUCAGCGUUUUGGCAUCCGUAAUGCUGGCAUUGGCACUCGUCGACCAAUACGUAGAGAUCUGGAGGCAUCGAGCCGUUGUCGGCGUAUCUCUUGCCUUCAUAUUCGUUGACAUGAUGGGAGGUGUUUUCUGUGACUUGUCGCUCGCAUUUCAAGGCCAGUUCGACCCCUGGGCAGGAGUCGCCUACACUCUUGUCACAGUAAUGGACGCCGUCGUCUUGAUCGCCGCUAUGAUCCUCAAUCCCCGUGCACGGCGGAGAAAGCGCCGACAACAAGACGCUGACGCUGAGCGACGGUCUGGGUCCAUCUCGUUAUCAGAUAAUACAGCGGCUCAGGAGGCAAGAGGGAAGGAGCCUACUGUGACCCCUAUGGAGGGUACUGAUGAGAAGGACCGUGUCCAGCCAGAGUCUGCGUAG